AUGAGGCUGAAGAGCGGGAGAUCGCCGAGAGAGUCGGAGACGAACAGCGAUAUGAAUCGAGACGAGGACAUCACGAAUGCGUCUCGUGGAAAAACCUCAACCACAUUUACGACUCACGAGAAGAAGGAAGGCACGGUUGAGGAUGGUUCAGAACAACACCCUCAGUUCGCGGUCACUCUGUUAGAAAAACAUCAAGAGCAACAACAACAACAACAACAACAACAAAAUGAUUUAACAAGUCCUCCUCCAACGAAAGGACAAGACGAGAAACCGAAUGAAAUGUCGCGAGCGAGAAGGAAAAAAAACGAAGCCAUUGCAGUUGUUUCGGAACUGUACAGGUUACACGAAGUCGGCAAGAAAACAAACUUUCGAGUGACGCAAGAGGGGUUAUACCAAACGAUGGUGGAACUCGUCAAUAACAUCUCCGCGAGAGUGGAGAAGAGCAACAUGGUACAAAUGUGGGUCCCGAGGAUUGCCGGGAAAAGCGUGGUGAUGACGACGCACGGCGAGCUGUGCAAGAUAUCGGCGAAGAAGAAGACGCACGACUCGGUGUUGGCGAAGAAGUUUACCGAAAACACGACGGCGUUUUUUUUCAACUGCGAAGUGACCAACGGAGAAGGGAUGUUAGGUCUGCCGGGGAGGUGUUACGUUUUGAGUCGACCGGAGUUUACGCCGUCGGUGACGUCGUAUCGACCGAUGGAGUACGUGAGAGUGGCGUGCGCGUACGAGUGUCGGAUACACACGACGAUGUGUUUGCCGGUGUUUUUAAGCGAAGAGGCGAUGAAGAGCGAACGGCCGUUUACUAUUUUAGAGGUGGCGUUGUGUCACAUGACGGAAUCCAUAGGGGAGCUCUACGCCGCAACCGCGCACGAGUUUAUGAAACUCGGGCUGUUUACCACCGGACACGACCGCGUCGGGCCGGAGAGGUACAUGAGAAAGUUCAUCGAGUCGACGGUGGAGACGUUAGCGCCCGGGCACGCGAACGCGUUGGAGUUGAUGUGCGAGACGUUAAACGUUCCGUUCGCGCAAUUUUGGAUCGAAUCGAACGGGCUCAUAGUCACCGCCGGGUGUCCGUAUUUCGUGAAGGAAAAAGAGUGUCAGAGUUACCGGGACAUGUCGUCGCAAAUAUCGCUGAUGAUUGGCCAAGGACCGGUUGGACAGGCGCACUCGAAAGAGACCUUAAUUUGGGUGGACGACGUUCAAAAAGCAUCCCAGAUCGAGUGGCCGUUGCAUCACACGUCUAUUUUACUCGGUUUGAGAGGUUUGUGCGCGUGUAAGAUGCGAAUCGAUUGCGUCUUACCGGACGGGACGAAGAAAAAAACAGACGCGAUUCUUGAAAUUUUGUUAAAUCCGAAACUCCAAACGUCCGCGGAGCAAAUACAAACGGUGGAGGAGGUGUGGAGUUAUCUACAAAGGGGCGUGAGAGUGGAUAACACGAAGAAUGCGCCAGAUGGUGCGAGCGCGCCCGCGGUGCCUGACUCGCCGUUAGCGGCUACGGCUGGCGUGCGAGGAAACGACGAACAACCGGCGUCGAUGUUGAUGGAAUUGCCGGAUUUAACAGGAAAGAACAACAACACAGAUACGACCAGAGAAGGGAAGAACAACGACGAUAAAACAGGAAAAGGAAAAGGAGCGGCGCCGAUGACGACGUUACAAGCCGUCGAGCACAUUUCUAUGGUGAACAAAGGCCCAGACGAGAAGAACAAAACAUCGGCGCCGUGGGGGAUCACUCUAGAGUUACUCCAAACGCAAUUUUCUAAGCAUUUAAAAGACGCCGCGACAGAUUUAGGAGUCGGGAGUACCACUUUAAAACGAAUUUGUCGUCAAUACGGCAUCGGGCGUUGGCCUCGACGAUCGUUGAAAUCGAAACAGUAUAAAGCGAUGAAAGAAGCCGCGAAGCAGCAAAGCUCGCAAAACAAACUGAGGAAAGCGAGGAGUAGCGGCGGACACAGUUCGGGUGGUUCUCCUCGCGACGGGGGGUCCUCGUUUAAAUCGUCCGGUGGUGACAGCGAUGCUGUCGCUGGUGAAUCCGUUCACGGUCCAGGCGGUCGCAUGAGUGGAGGAGGCUCGUUGUCGAACUUGGCGAAAACCGGCGACGGUAGUCCGUUGGGCGACGGGUUAUUUACCAUGGGAAGUACGGGAGGUGCGCCAAUCAGAGGAAAAGAAGGCUCCGGAGGAGUGGGUGCGUUACUUGGUAGCGGAGAAGAAGGUCGUUCGCACGGUGGAUUUCAGGCUUUUCGCGGCAUAGCGACGCAAGGCCAAUUCGAUUGGGGCGACGAGGAAGAACGAGAGCGAGGCGCAUCCUGGCACGCCGGAAGCGGAUUCGUCUCUCACGGUCGCUUGAAAAACGCAAAAGGUCAAAUCGUCGCCUCGGGUUCGCAACACGGCGGUCACACCGCGUCGCAGUUUUUCGGAGCGCAACAACACCAACAACCGCAUCAGAGUAUGCCCAUCGCGCCCGCCAUGCAACAAGGAGAUUUCGGACUGGCGGCGGAAAAAGCAGAAACGAAAACACCGAAUAAAAAAUACAAGAAAGACGUUGCCGUUGGAACAAAAGCAGGCGCCGGAAAAGCUGCCGUGCCGUUUUCUUUCGACGAUCAUUUUUACGAAACCGUUCACGGCGCGCACAACUUUUCGCAACAAUUGUAUCCACAUCAAUACAACAACAACGACGAUAGCGUCCACGGUUCGACGUAUUCCGAAUCCGCACACGGCGGUUCGCAUUACAACGGAGGGUCUAUGCACGGAAACCCGGGCGGGGACCAUUCCGUGCACGGCACGACGGCUUUGGCGGGUAUAUUGAACAACACUCUCGGGGGUUUUGACGACGAUUUGUUCAUCGCCAACGAUACGAUGGAAGAGGCGGACGCGGACAUGAUGGCGAUUUUACUCAACGAAGGCGAGAAAGUUGAGGAAGUGCCGCAACUCGUUGUGAAGUUUCGAGUUGGUGCAGAUACCAUUCGGUUUCGCUUGUUGCACAAAUGGUCCGUACAAAUGCUUCUCGAUCGGAUUCGAAAGCUCAUCGUCUUCCCUGAUUCGGCGAAAUUGAAAUACAUGGACGACGAAGACGACAUGUGCAUUUUACAAAGCGAACACGACUUGGACGAGUGCAUCAAGUUUACCGAGCAUCGCAAGAAGGAGAGUGGAAACAGCGGGAACAAUAAAAGUGCCACGAACGACCCAGUUGUCAUCGGUGAGAGCAACGCUCAGAACAACGCUCGGCAGCAGCAGCAACAGCAACAACAACAGAAGCAAGAGUUAUUAGCGACAGGUUUCGCCCCGAACAAACCAAACGGAGGUGAAAUUACCAUCUUUAUCUGUUUAGCGGAUGGCUCCAUGCCCUCAUUAAACGCCUACGAGUUGAUCAAGCAAGACAUUCACUCGAUACCUCCGUCGUUAUCUGCCUCGGUGAACGCGCGAAGAGACCAACUCACGAUCAACGUCAAAGUUACGCACGACAACGACACGUGCCGAUUUUUGUUGGAACCGAAAAUGAAUCACGUGACUCUGAUGGAACACGUCUUGAAACUUUUCGGGAUACAAAAAGAGACGUCGUCGUCGUCGCAUUAUCACCGAUUGACGUAUUUGGACGACAGCGAAGAGUGGAUCACGUUGGCUGGUGAUUUAGACUUGGACGAGUGCAGAGCUUUGUGCGGUUGCUCUCCGAGUUUGCGCAUGAAGCUGUUGGAUCGUUGA